CUGCUCCAUUUCACCAGGAGGCUUCUAGGACAACGGCUAUUCGACAGGCUGAUGAAGAUGACCUUUUACGGACAGUUUGUGGCCGGUGAGGACCAGGAGUCCAUCCAGCCCCUCAUCCGGCAUAACAGGGCCUUUGGCGUGGGCUCCAUCCUGGACUACGGCGUGGAGGAGGACCUGAGCCAAGAGGAGGCGGAGCGCCAGGAGAUGGAGGCCUGCACUUCAGCUGCGGAGAGGACGGACGGAGGCGCCAGUAAGAGGGAGAAGCAGUACCAGGUCCACCAGGGCUUCGGAGACCGCAGGGACGGCGUCGUCAGCGCCCGCACCUACUUCUACGCCAACGAAGCCAAGUGUGACCACCACAUGGAGACGUUCCUGCGCUGCAUCGAGGCUUCAGGUGGAGCCAGCGAUGACGGCUUCUCAGCCAUCAAGCUCACUGCGCUGGGGAGACCCCAGUUUCUGCUGCAGUUCUCAGACGUGCUGACCAAGUGGAGACGGUUCUUUCACCAAAUGGCUGCGGAGCAAGGGAAGGUCGGGCUGGAUGCCAUGGACACAAAGCUGGAGGUGGCGGCACUGCAGGAAAGCGUGGCGAGGAUGGGCAUUGCCUCCCGGAAGGAGAUUGAGGACUGGUUCAGAGCAGAGACCCUGGGCGUGUCCGGGACCCUGGACCUGCUGGACUGGAGCGGCCUCAUCGACAGCAGGACCGAGCUCUCCAAGCACCUGGUGGUCCCUAACAUGCAGACAGGGCAGCUGGAGCCUCUGCUGUCGGGGUUCACCGAGGAGGAGGAGCAGCAGAUGAGGAGGAUGCUGCAGAGGAUGGAUGUCCUGGCCAAGAAAGCCACCAAGGCGGGGGUGCGGCUGAUGGUGGACGCGGAGCAGACCUACUUCCAGCCGGCCAUCAGCCGCCUGACGCUGGAAAUGCAGCGCAAGUUCAACGUGGAGAAGCCGCUCAUCUUCAACACGUACCAGUGCUACCUCAGGGACGCCUAUGACAAUGUCACCCUGGACUUGGAGCUGGCUCGCCGCGAGGGCUGGUGUUUUGGAGCCAAGCUGGUGCGGGGUGCCUACAUGGCCCAGGAGCGGGCCCGCGCUGCCGAGAUUGGCUAUGAGGACCCCAUCAACCCCACGUACGAGGCCACCAACGCCAUGUACCACAGGUGCCUCAAUUAUGUCCUGGAGGAGCUGAAGAACAAUGGCAAGGCGGAAGUGAUGGUGGCCUCCCACAACGAGGACACAGUGCGCUUCACGCUGCGCAGGAUGGAGGAGUUGGGUCUGCACCCCGCUGACCGCCAGGUGUACUUUGGACAGCUGCUGGGCAUGUGUGACCAGAUCAGCUUCCCGCUGGGCCAGGCGGGCUUCCCUGUGUACAAGUACGUGCCCUACGGCCCUGUGAUGGAGGUGCUGCCCUACCUGUCCCGCCGCGCCCUGGAGAACAACAGUGUCAUGAAGGGCGCCCGACGGGAGCGGCAGCUGCUAUGGCAAGAGCUCAAGCGGAGGCUCUACACAGGCAACCUCCUCUACUGCCCGGCCUAGCGCCCACGGGCCACCUGCCACCAGACUUGGUUUCCCAGGGCCUCGGGCUGGGGUCUGGCUGGCCCCUAGGCCAAUGCUGCUAUAGCCCAGCCGCACACGGAUUCACCUCUCCACACCCGAGACUCAGAACUGCUUCCUACCCAGGAUGUGGGCACCCACGUACAGGCGGUCUGAUACCUGCCGGAGCCACUGAGAAGGUCAGGAA